AUGGCUUCUGACGAUGAUUCGCAGGCUGUGGACACCCAUCAUGAUGAGAAGGAUUGGGAGUCGCAGAAGGAAAACUUCCGCGUCUUUUACAUUGACCAAAACAUGACUCGCAAAGAAGCCGCGGAGUGCAUGAAAGAACACUUCAACUUCAGCGCCACCCCACGCCAAUGGGAGCGCAAAAUCAAGCAGUGGGGAUUUUCAAAGUACACGAAUCGAGAGGAAAGACUUCAUCAGAUUGCGCAAACCGGCAAAACCGUCUACGACGUGAGUCGUCCCGGUCGAAGACCUCGUUCUCAUGUAGACGAGCACGGCAAUCUCCAACCACAUGAAGAUCGUAACCUGCGUCGCUUUGCCCGUCGAGAACUCAGUCGUUCGAGAUCGAGGUCACGGUCGGCCUCCUUCACCGACACGCCGCGCCCACAGUUCAAACAAGAAUUUUCGGAUCCCUCUGCAAAUGCAUCCAUGGAUUCUCCAUUUGACUUCAACCAACUCGACUCGGAAAUGCGACGGAGUUCCAGCAACGACGGGUUCCAUCUGCCCCCAGCGCAAGCCGGUGGUGGCCCGUUACAAUCAUAUCCACCGCACCUCUUUCAGGAGCACGAAGCCGGCGCGUAUGGGACAGCUGCUCACCGGAGCCUUCCUCUAUCUGUCGGCCAUGAUCAGUGGGGCCCCGCACAGGUUGAUGGGACACAGCAAUUCAACACCGCUGCAGCGCAAACGCAGUACACGGUGUUUCCGAACGAUCCGACAUCAUCGCAUGUCCCACAAACAAGCGGUAUCCCAAAUGGUACACAGCGCUUUUCGGUUGAUGCAAGGGACCCAUCAUUUGGUUUCCCCAUCACCGAACCCUCGAUGACCUCGUUGCCAGCAGACUUCAAUCAGUUUGACAUGGCAGGCGCCGACAUAGGGAUGACUUCAGGAAUGAUGCCAGAGGACAUGAUGACAGAGCAGUCAAUGUUCGGCGACACGAUGCAACUGCCACUUGGCUCGGAGACGCUGAACCAGACAGGUUUCGAGAACAAUCCCGGGAUCAAGUUUGCUGUGGUGGAUGUGGACUCAGCGCCGAUGCUUCCUGUCGCUGAAAAUGCUCCUUUGCAACCUUCGGUGGGCAUGGACGUGUUCUUUCCAGAGCAAGGCUCGGGCAAUGAUGGGCCUCUCCAAAAUGAUGUGUUGCCCCUGGUCGAAGAGUACACUCGGGCUGUUCAAGCUGCGGCCCUGGGCUUCAUCAAUAGAUCUUCACACAACAACGGCCAUGCCAUAGACCUGGCUGCUGAUCUUGUUCAACCAAGCCGGGCAUUUAUGACGAGCAUGGCCGUCAUUCUUGACAACUUUGCGAAAUCACAGCAAAGGUCCCUGCAGAGCAUGAAGGAUACCUGCAGGAACCUCCGACAAAAGAAUACGCGAUUGAUGCAGAUCCUCAACAGCAACGAUGACAUGCAGCCAAUUCCUUCGAUAGAGCCUCAACAGAAUCGAUCCUCUCUCCCUCCACAAGGAGCGAUAUAUGGUCAUAUGUAUGCGCCGAACUUUUGA